CUCAAGCUAAAGCCUCGAGUCGGUCGCGGGAGGGAGUCCGUCCCUCUCAGCUUCGAUCGUACAUUUGGCGAGCUAUUCGGAGAAGAGAGUGCACAUUCGUGUGUCAAGUUCAUCGUCCGAUUGCUUAGAAACCUACCUGGUCAUAGUAAUGCUUCCCCCCAGAAAUUGGUAUGACGAGCGUUCAAGUUUUUGCUAUUUUUUUUAUUUUUUUUUUAUGGAAUGCUCUUCUAACUCGUUGAGUGUGUGUACGAGUGUAUGUGAGUGCACAUGCAUACAGGCCGUUGGAAGUGACCUUGAGCCAGGGCAACGACACAUCACCCGAAACUAAUACUAACUGAGGACCAACUGAGGCGGAAACUCGGAGUGUGAGGCGCCUUCAGGGCGGGGAGUCCCCGCGCACCGCGAACUGCUACAAUGCUUUCAGAUCAUAAGAAUUUUGUUUGGAUUGAUGGCUCGGAGAGGCUGAAAUCCUGAGCGCCGCUACAGGAUCGCCAUCCCCUCCGACUUCACACGGCGAUACGACCGACUCUCUCGCACCACCCACGAUGCAGCAGGUAACUAUCACCGAGAGCUUUUCCCACAGAGCCAGCCAACUAUAAAACCCGGAACGAGAGCUGCAACAGGGCCAGUCGGAAAGAUAGAUUCAUUCGGCGGUGACGAAGAAGCUUCAGAGUCUAACAGAAACAAAAGCAUGACUGAGAGUGAUUGUGAGCUGUCAAGCGCUGUGAGCAAUGCUCUUUUGGCCCUAUAUCAACGCCAAGAUGUGUCGCUAGUCGCGCAGCCAAUAGCGGGCGUCGGAGAGAAUGCCUACGGACAGGUCCUGCUCGUGAGUUGGCCAACAGAGUCCAAGGCGAAGAGGGUAGUGGUCAAAAUGGCGCCCAAGAACGAGGCAAGACGACAACACAUGCACGUAGUCGACUAUUACGCCCGAGAAGUGUUCAUGUACCAGAACGUGUUCCACACAUACCGCGAAUUAGCGGACGACCAUAGUGCCUUCACAGUGGCACCUGAAUUGCUGGCAUCCGGAUUGCAGGCGCCCGACGAGUUCCUGAUCUUCGAGGACCUGUCCCAAAACGGUUUUCAGACAAACCCACGCAGCUCUAUGCCCACCUACGACAUUGUGGUGUCCACCCUCAAGGCGGUGGCCGAGCUGCAUGCGUGCUCCUUUAUCCUACAGCAACGCAAUCAGGUAAAGUUCAGAGAACUGGUGGAUCAUGUGCGGCAGGACAACCUAUUCACGGCGAACAUUGAGACGGUGACUAUCGAAUUUGGCAAGGCAAUGCUGAGGCGCACUCGACUCAUGCUGGAGCAGGACGAAGCGCGGGACGACGACACAACGCCUAUGAUGGAGGUGCUGGAACGCUGUGAGAGGAAUCUAAAGGCCCUAACACUCUACUGUGUGGACGGCGCAUCGCAGUCGCCUCACGCGGUCAUCUGUCAUGGCGACUUCUGGAACAACAAUAUUCUGUAUAGGCACGAGACUCACUCUGAUCUGGCGGUUGAAGCCAAGCUGAUCGAUUUCCAAAUGUCUCGUUUUGCCCCACCUGUUCUAGACCUUGUUCACUACCUAUUCGCCUGCACAGAGAAGCAGCUGAGGGAUGAGCACCUACCAGCCUUUCUGAACAUUUACUACGACACGUUGAGCCGGAAACUGGGCUCCUGCGAUCUGAAUGCAGACGAUAUCUAUCCGCGCACCGUCUUCGACCGUCAAUUGCAGCUCUUUGGUGUAUUUGGCCUGAUAAUGGCCGCGUUUUCCUUGCCCUUCUUCAUAUCCAAUGCCAACGAAGUGGUCAACAUUGAUGAAGUCUCCGAGGCCAUUCAGGAUCUGUCUGCAUCGGCCACCGACGCCCCCAAGUGCCGCGAACUAGUGGAAGAGUUUGACAUGCUCAACGAACGCACAUUGCCAAUUUUCAAGAGGCGUAUGACCGAUGUCGUCCGGGAUCUGCUAAAGUACGACAUGACCCCACCGCUUUAUCAAUUCGAUUCGACUCGUGAUGAUGAUAUCUGUUAACAGUAUUAGGUAUUAUUGUGUGUGUGUAUAUAUGUAUGUAUGUAUGUAUG